UCCUUAACUCCAUGACCCAGAUAUCAUCCAUUGACUUGUCAUAUAAUAAUUGGAGGGUAAGAUUACACGCAAGUUUAAAGAUAGAUACCCACCACAAGCAAUCAUUGGCAACAAGGGUUUAUGCAGUGAAUUCAAGGGUAUGCCUUCUUGCUUGACAUCUACAACCACAGAUUCGAAAGAAGAACCAGAGAGGGAUAGGUUUCACUUCUCCACUGUCAUUCUAUAUCUAUUAUUCUACCUUUCUAUUUUUGGAUAUCUAUAUAUAUUUCUAUCUACAAAUAACAAUGUUGAAUCCGAGAGAACUGUAAACAAUAAUGGAGAUUUACUCUCAAUAUGGAAUUAUGAUGGAAGAAUUGCAUAUGAAGAUAUCAUUAAAGCAACCGAGGACAUCAACAUCAAAUAUUGUAUUGGAACUGGAGGUUAUGGCAGUGUUUACAAAGCACAGUUGCCCAGUGGAAAUAUUUUUGCCUUGAAGAAACUUCAUCAACUAGAAGCAAAGGAGGCAGCUCUCAUCAAGAGUUUUGAAACUGAGGUAAAAGUAUUAUCAGAAAUAAGCCAUCGAAACAUUUUGAAGCUUCAUGGAUUUUGUUUACACAAGCAAUGUAUGUAUUUGGUUUAUGAAUACAUGGAAAGGGGAAGCUUAUAUUGUGUCCUAAGCAAUGAUGAUGAAGCUGUUGAGUUGAACUGGACAAAGAGAGUGAACAUUGUUAAGAGUGUGGCACAUGCUUUAUCUUACUUGCAUCACAAUUUCAACCCACCAAUUGUUCACCGGGAUAUAUCAAGCAGCAACAUCCUAUUGAAUUUGGAAUUUGAGGCAUUUGUCUCUGACUUUGGUACAGCAAGACCUCUGAAUCCCAAUUCGUCCCAUGAAACUAUACUUGCAGGCACAUAUGGAUAUGUUGCUCCAGAAUUUGCCUAUACUAUGGUCAUGACAGAAAAAGGUAAUGCCUAUCGCUUUGGGGUAGUGGCACUAGAAACAAUAAUAGGAAUGCAUCCAGGAGAGCUCCUCUCGUCAUUACCACCAUCUUCAUCCAAUCAAGAUGUAAUGCUAAAGGAUGUCUUGGAUCCACGCCUCUCACCUCCAACAGAUAAACGGGAUGUGCAAGAUAUUGCCCUUGUUGCAACAAUAGCAUUUGCAUGCUUACAUUCCAACCCAAAGUCCCGAACAACCAUGGAAAGCGUGUCUCAGGAAUUUCUUUCUCACAAAGCAACAUUGGUGAAACCUUUCCGUGAAAUUUCAAUAUCGCAACUUUGGCAGAAAGAAUAUAUUUGAAUUUAGAAAGACCUAAUGGAUGAUGGAUAUAGUGUCUAGAUCGAUGUAAAAUCACUCCUUUCCCAAGUUUUGCAAAUUGAACGCAUCCCACUUAGCCCAUAGGAUGAAGUUCAUAAGUUGGUAGUUUUUGUAGUCACUAAAAAUUAUAUGAGCAAAUAAUUAAAUAUAAAGGGAUUCAGUGUAGCUUGAUCUUCCACUUAGAAUUAAUUUGUAU